CAAAGGUACCACAACCAGCCUAGCUUUUACCAUCCAAACAAGUAAACACACUUGAUUAUACCUCUACCACAAUGGCCACCGCAAACGAGCACACUCUCCCCCAGCUCCCUUACGCCUACAAUGCCCUGGAGCCCGUCAUCUCCGCUCAGAUCAUGGAGAUCCACCACACCAAGCACCACCAGGCCUACGUCACCAACCUGAACGCCGCUGAGAAGGCCUACGCAUCUGCCGUGUCUAACAAGGACAUCAAGCAACAGAUCGCCACCCAGUCCGCCAUCAAGUUCAACGGUGGUGGCCACAUCAACCACUCUCUCUUCUGGAAGAACCUCGCACCCGUCUCCGAGGGUGGAGGUCAGCUGCAGGACGGACCCCUGAAGCAGCAGAUUGAAAAGGACUUUGGAAGCUUUGACAAGUUCAAGAGCCUCUUCUCCACUGCAGCCUCGACCAUUCAGGGAUCUGGAUGGGCUUGGCUGGGUCUCAACAACCUGGGCCGCCUCGAGGUUCUCCAGCUCAAGGACCAGGACCCACUGACCACCCAUGCACCCAUCCUCGGUCUGGACGUCUGGGAGCACGCCUUCUACCUUGACUACAAGAACGCCAAGCCAAAGUACGUUGAGGAGGCCUGGAAGGUCUACAACUGGAAGGAGGCAGAGAAGCGCUUCAACGAGGCAAAGCAGAAGGCUUCCCUCUAAGUGUCUGUGUUCCGAAAGCUCUGGGAAGGAGAAGGCGCCUCUGGCUUGGCUCACGUCGGGUGGGCAGUUGAGGAGCACUCGUAGUGCCGGGUAUACUUGCGGGGGUGGAAAGGAGGCAGCUGUAAGGCAGUACUAGCAAAGGAAGAAAUACGAAGAAAU